UAUACCAUUAUUGAUACCUUCUAGUUAGUUCCAUUAUAUUUUGUUAUUAUCAAUGUUGUAUUAAUAAUCAAAUUGUUUUCUAAAGUAUAAAAUAAAGGACGAAUUCUUGAGUAAUUGAGUAAAAAAAAUAAAUAUAUCAACUCAUUAUGAGCAAUUCACCAUUCCAUACCGUAACUAUUGCUGGAGCCACCGGAAAUGUGGGUUAUGCUAUCGCCGAAGCUUUUUUAAAUGAUGGGUCUUAUAACGUAAAGAUUCUUCGAAGAAAACUAGAUGAAAAUGAGAAAGCCAAAUCUUUAAAUUCCAAAGGCGCGGAAAUUGUAUAUGCUGAUCACAGUCAAAAAGAUGAUCUCGUAAAAGCUCUUAAAGGAACUGACGUUUUUGUUAGUGCUGUAUUUGAAUCAAGUAAUAAUACGUCCUUGUAUGAUAUUCAAGUUUCAUUUUUACUUGCUGCCAAAGAAGCUUCUGUUAAAAGGUUCAUCCCAUCCGAAUUUUCCAACGGCUAUAAAACUACAGGUCAUGUAUUUAACGAUGAGAAGUUCAGAUUUCGAGAGGAAUUAGAAAAAAGUGGACUUGAAUACACUUACAUUCACACUGGAUUAUUCCAAGAAUUUUUUGGCUGGUUUGGAUAUGAUGUUAAGAAUAAGAAAGCAAAGUUCUACGGGGAUGGAAACACAAAGAUACCCUCUACUUCUUUAUCUGAUAUUGGAAAAUACACAGUUGAGACACUUAAAAUACCAGAAGCUCGAAACGCUCAUAUUAGAGUUAUUGGUGCAUACUUAACAUUAAAUGAGUACCUUCAAAAGUUUGAAGAAGCUACCGGUUCAAAAUGGGAAGUUAUUGAAGAUAGAGAUGUACGAUAUCGCUUCAAAAAUAAGAUCGAUCCAAUUCCCUCAAUGUCUGAUGAUUUCAUAGCUUUUGUGACGGAAAAUUCGAAUUUUCCAGAAUAUGAUAAUGAUAAAUUCAGUUUUACUCCUCAACCUGUCACCAAGGUUAUUGAAACUCUUGUUAGCCAAGCGUAAAACACUAUGAUUUAUCAUAUGAAAAUUUAUACAUAGUAAACAUAUGACAUAAUAUGAUUAUCCAUUGUAAUAUUCAUAAACGUUCUUGUAUUUAUUUUGAUUUUAAAUAAAUAGAAAAAAAAUAAUUAUAUUUCAUUAAAAAAAUCAACAUUUCCUGUGUAUAUUUUAAAUUCGAUGAUGAAAAAUU